CGCGGGUGCGCGGCCGGGGCGGCGGGGCGGCCGGGCGGCGAGGCGGCGAGGCGGGACCUGGGCCUGGGACCCCCGGGCGGGGCGGGGCGAAGGGCCGCAGACUUCCCGACUCCACUGCCAGGCUGGGCCCGGCGGGCAGUCCGGCGAGCGGGGCGCGGGGCCGCCUCACGGGGCGCGGGCGCAGGUGGCCCGGCGCCCUGUGGAGCCCUGGCGCUCCGGAGCGCGAUAGGAGAUCGAUAGCAGCUCCCGCGGCACCAUGACUCGGGCAGCCGAGGCCCCGCCAGCCGGCCGGGAAGCGGUCCGAGGUGGCCCGGCGGGCGGCGCGGCGGCAGGUGCUGGGGUGCAGUAGCGGAUAGGGCGGGCGCGCGGCCCUCGAGCUCCAACUCCAGCCCGGGCCCAAGCAAGUUGCGCCGGCGGCGGAGAGCCGGGCUGCAGGGCCACCGGCCCGCCAUGCCGGCGGUCAAGAAGGAGCUCCCAGGCCGCGAGGACCUGGCCCUGGCUCUGGCCGCCUUCCGUCCGACCCUGGCCGCACUACCACUGCCGCCGCUCCCAGGCUACCUGACACCACUGCCAGCUUCGGCCGCCCUGCCCCCGGCCGCCUCGCUACCCGCCGCGACCGCCGGCUACGAGGCGCUGUUGGCUCCGUCACUCCGCUCGCCGCGCGCCUACCUGAGCCUACACGAGGCCGCCCCGUACCUCCACCUGCCCCGGGACCCCCUGGCCCUCGAGCGCUUCUCUGCCACUGCGGCCGCAGCACCGGAUUUCCAGCCGCUGCUCGACAACGGCGAGCCGUGCAUCGAGGUGGAGUGCGGCGCCAACCGCGCGCUACUUUACGUGCGCAAACUCUGCCAGGGCAGCAAAGGUCCGUCCAUCCGCCACCGCGGGGAGUGGCUCACACCCAACGAGUUCCAGUUCGUCAGCGGCCGGGAGACGGCCAAGGACUGGAAGCGCAGCAUCCGCCACAAAGGAAAAAGUCUGAAGACGCUUAUGUCCAAGGGGAUUCUGCAGGUGCACCCUCCGAUCUGCGACUGUCCAGGCUGUCGAAUAUCCUCCCCAGUGAACCGGGGGCGGCUGGCAGACAAGAGGACAGUUGCCCUCCCCACUGCGCGGGUCCUAAAGAAGGAGCUGACCACCAGCUUCUCGGCCAGUGAUGGUGACAGCGAUGGGAACGGCCCCGCCUAUGGGCAGCGGCCAGGCUUGAAGCAGGAGGACACCCCCCAUGUCCGUAUCAUGAAGAGAAGAGUCCACACCCACUGGGACGUGAACAUCUCCUUCCGAGAGACGUCCUGCAGCCAGGACAGUGACCUGCCCACCCUCAUAUCCAGCGUCCAUCGUAGCCGCCACCUCGUUAUGCCCGAGCAUCAGAGCCGCUGUGAAUUCCAGAGAGGUGGUGUGGAGAUCGGCCUGGGAGCUGCAGGUGACCUGUUGGGCAAGAGGCCAGGCCGCACCCCCCACGUCAGCGGUGAGUGCCCACUGGAGAAGAAGGCACGAAGCAAGCCACCCCAAGAGACUCUGUUGCUGCCAGAACUAGGGCCCAGCAUGGCCCCUGAGGAUCACUACCGCCGGCUUGUGUCUGCCCUGAGUGAGGCCGGCACCUUUGAGGACCCGCAGCGUCUCUACCACCUGGGCCUCCCCAGCCACGAUCUCCUGAGGGUCCGGCAAGAGGUGGCAGCAGCAUCUGUGAGGAGCCCCAGUGGCCUGGAAGUCCACUUACCCUCAUCCACGGCAGGUCAGCGCCGAAAGCAGGGCCUGGCUCAGCACCGAGAGGGCACCGUGCCAGCUGGCACCCCAUCCUUCUCAGAGAGGGAACUGUCGCAGCCGCCCCCCUUGCUGUCGCCCCAGAAUGCCCCUCACAUCGCCCUGGGCCCCCACCUUCGGCCUCCCUUUCUGGGGGUGCCCUCGGCCCUGUGCCAGACCCCAGGUUACGGCUUCCUGCCCCCUGCCCAGGCGGAGAUGCUCGCCCGGCAGCAGGAGCUCCUGCGGAAGCAGAACCUGGCCCGACUGGAGAUGUCGGCAGAGCUGCUGCGUCAGAAGGAGCUGGAGAGCUCGCACCGGCCGCAGCUGCUGGCGCCCGAAGCCACCCUGCGCCCCGCCGACGGCGCCGAGGAGUUGCAGCGGCGCGGGGCCAUGCUGGUGCUGAGACACAGCUCCGCGCCGCUGCUGGCCCUGCCCCCUCAGGGACCCCCGGGCCCCGGCCCACCCACCCCUCCCCGGGAGCCUGUCCGCCGAGCCCCUCGGAAGGGGGGACCCAGCCCUGCCUCAGCCCACUCCAGUGAGUCCAAGGAGACCACGGGGGCUGGGCUCUGGGCACAAGAUGGCUCUGAGGAUGAGCCCCCAAAGGAUUCAGAAGGAGAGGACCCUGAGAUGGUGGCCGCCGGGGGCCAGGGCCCCACCCUGGGCCAAGCCCCAACUGGAGGGGCCAGCCCUGAGGGGAAGGGGCUUCUCUCAGGGUCCAUGCUGCCCCCUCCACUGCCCCUGGGCUUACCCUACGCUGUCAGCCCCUACUUCCACACAGGCACCAUGGGGGGACUCUUCAUGGAUGGGGAGGAGGCCACAGCCCCUGAGGACCUCAGCAAGUGGACAGUGGACGAUGUCUGCAGCUUUGUGGGGGGCCUUUCUGGCUGUGGAGAAUAUGCACCGGUCUUCAGAGAACAGGGGAUCGACGGGGAGACCUUGCCCCUGCUGACAGAGGAGCACCUCCUGACCACCAUGGGGCUGAAGCUCGGGCCUGCUCUCAAGAUCCGGGCCCAGGUGGCCAAGCGCCUGGGGCGAGUCUUCUACAUGGCCAGCUUCCCUGUGGCUUUGCCACUGCAGCCACCAACACUACGGGCCCCAGAGCGGGAGCUCACCUCUGGAGAGCAGGCCCUGUCCCCAGCAUUGGCCCCUUCCCCCUAUGGUGGGGGGCACCCCCCUGCUGGGAGAGCCUCACCCAAGCAAGAGAAUGGAACUGUGGCUCUACUCCCAGGGCCUGCAGACCCCUCCCAGCCUCUGUGCUAACCUGGUGGG